AUGACUCGGUGCCCGCUGUCCUGCCAGAUGACCCGGUGCCCGCUGUCGAGCUUGGUGACUCGGUGCCCGCUGUCGUGCCAGCUGACUCGGUGCCCGCUGUCGUGCCUGGUGACUCGGUGCCCGCUGUCGUGCCAGGUGACUCGGUGCCCGCUGUCGAGCCUGGUGACUCGGUGCCCGCUGUCGAGCCUGGUGACUCGGUGCCCGCUGUCGAGCCUGGUGACUCGGUGCCCGCUGUCGAGCCUGGUGACUCGGUGCCCGCUGUCGAGCCUGGUGACUCGGUGCCCGCUGUCGUGCCAGGUG